AUUUAAACGGGAGGAGGUGAGUCUUAACAGUGAGCAGGUGAGCAUGGAAUCUUCAGCAGUCUCUCGACUGAACAAUCUUCGGCGACACUUGGAUUUGGGUGAAACAAUGAACAAGUCUGAAACGGGUUUUCAUAUAGGCCGCGGAAGUCAAUGGAAUUGGAGGAUCAAUCAAGGUGAAGGUAGCUGCAGAGGUUUCUGAAGCAUUAUCCAUGGGGCGUGCUGUUGUUGCUCUGGAAUCUACCAUCAUUUCACACGGUUUUCUAUAUUCUAUUCAUAUAUGUGUGUGUGUGUGCGCGCGCGCACCUUUUCAUAUCCGACACCCACAUAUUAGUAUUUGGACUAUACUCUUGUUGUAGGGAUGCCAUAUCCUCAAAAUUUGGAAACUGCAAAGGAGGUCGAAAGUAUUGUAAGAGAGAAUGGUGCAGUUCCUGCAACCAUUGCAAUUUUAGAUGGCACGCCUUGUGUAGGUCUAAGUAUGGAAGAACUUGAAAGGCUAGCUACUCUGGGAACCAGAGCACAGAAAACAGCUCGAAGGGACAUUGCACAUGUUGUGGCUCGUGGUGGAAAUGGUGCAACUACUGUUUCUGCUUCAAUGUUUUUGGCUUCUAUGGUUCAUAUUCCUGUCUUUGUGACUGGGGGGAUUGGGGGAGUGCACAGACAUGGGGAACACACUAUGGACAUAUCUUCUGAUCUCACUGAGCUUGGAAGAACACCAGUAACAGUUAUUUGUGCUGGUGUAAAAUCAAUAUUAGAUAUUCCCAAGACACUUGAAUAUUUGGAAACACUGGGAGUUUGUGUUGCUGCUUACAAGACCAACGAGUUUCCUGCAUUUUUCACAGAAUCAAGUGGCUGCAAGGUUUCAUGUCGAGUAGAUACCCCUGAAGAAUGUGCUCGCUUAAUAGGCAAAGGAAACCUUUUUCUUUUUUAUUUUUGGUGUAAGUUUAUAUGUUUUAACAGUGUUUAUAUGAUCUCUUUUUUUACUCCACUUGCAGAGGCUAACAACAAACUCAAGCUUGGAACUGGAAUUUUGAUAGCAGUUCCUAUUCCUCGAGAACAGUCAACUUCCGGACACAUAAUUGAAUCUGCCAUUCAAAAGGCCCUUAAAGAAGCUAGGGAAAGCAAUAUUACAGGGAAUGCUGAGACUCCUUUUUUACUUGCUAGAGUAAAUGAGCUGACUGGAGGUGCUUCACUUGCUUCUAACAUUGCUCUUGUGAAGAAUAAUGCUCUUAUUGGAGCUAAAGUAGCCGUAGCCCUUGCUCAGCUAAGAGAAAAUUGUCAAAGGUGAGCUUAUACUUUCGUUAUAUGCGUUGACCAGUUCAGCACAUGUAUGAACGAAACUGAUUCUUGUCUUUCUAACUGUAAAUUUUACUUGAGUUGAUCCUCAAAGGGAUUCGCCGGUGUCAAAUGUUUGUGUUUCUGUGUCUUCUUUUUGCAAGUUAAUCUGCUUUAACAAAAAAAAUAUGUAAUAUUGAAGAAAUUUAUGCUACUUUACAUUCCAAAUUAUUUAUUUCUAAAUUUUGUUGUAGUCCAUAACUUUUG